AGUUAUCUACCAGAUGCAUUGCCACCUGUACCUGAAAUCCCGGACUCUGGCUCGGUCCUGAGCUCCAGCGACAUCCCCAACCGUUGCCUCCGCAACACGGCUUUCCGUUACGCCUCUUUGCGCUACUGCUCAGCCCACAGCAUGGACUCUUCUCUUGAUAGUGCCGAAAGACCAGUCAGCUACAGCUCCACUUCUUCCUCUGCUUCCUCCCGGGACAGUCACUGCUCACUGGGCAGCCGCUCCACCCUCGUCCACACCCCUCACUGUAACCCUGUGAACUCCGACCAGGACUCCGGAGCUAUACGUUUAGAACUGGUUCCCGCCCGGCAGCUGGGAUGUAGCGAGGAGGUCCCCAGGGAUGAUGGAGGGAUGGAAACAGGAAGACAGGCAGGGACGAAGGGCACUGAACAGACGCCGACUGAUCACUCAGAACCGGAGCUGGAUCUGGAGAGGGGUAUAGAAAGGAUCAGUCAGGUGCAAGGACCUCGGACGUAUGUAGACCGUGUGGUGCAGGAGAUACUGGACACAGAGAGAACCUACGUACAGGACCUGAGGAGCAUUGUAGAAGACUACAUGGAGAGUAUCAACAACCAGGCUUUGCUGGGUUUAAGCUCCGAGGAUAAAGGCUCUCUAUUUGGAAACAUCAAAGACAUCUACCACUUCAACAGAGAUUUGCUUCACCACCUGGAAAAGUGCAAUGCGGACCCUGUGGCCAUCGCUGAAUGCUUCGUAUCAAAGAGUGAAGAAUUCCAUAUAUACACCCAGUACUGUACCAACUACCCAAGGUCGGUGGCUGUGCUCACCGAGUGCAUGAGGAACAAGGCGUUGGCCAAGUUUUUCCGCGAGCGCCAAGAAUCUCUGCGCCACUCCUUGCCUCUGGGCUCCUACCUGCUGAAGCCCGUGCAGAGGAUCCUCAAGUACCAUCUGCUGCUUCAUGAGAUAGCCAACCAUAUGGAGAAGGACACAGAGACAUAUGAAGUUGUGCAGGAAGCCAUAGAUACCAUGCAGCGGGUGGCCUGGCAUAUUAACGACAUGAAGAGGAAGCAUGAACAUGCUGUUAGAUUGCAGGAAAUCCAGAGCUUGCUGACCAACUGGAAAGGUCCAGAUCUGAUCGGCUAUGGAGAGCUGGUCCUCGAAGGAACGUUUCGUCUGCAGCGAGCCAAGAAUGAGAGAACGCUUUUCCUUUUUGACAAGCUUCUGCUGAUCACGAAGAAGCGAGAAGAAACCUUCACGUACAAGGCUCACAUCUUGUGCUGCAACCUAAUGCUUGUGGAAGUCAUCCCUAAAGAGCCGCUCAGUUUCAGUGUGUUUCACUACAAGAACCCCAAACUACAGCACACUGUCCAGGCCAAGUCCCAGCAAGAUAAGCGCAUGUGGAUCCUACACCUCAAGAGACUCAUACUUGAAAAUCACCCUGCCAAAAUCCCUGCCAAGGCCAAGCAAGCCAUCCUGGAAAUGGAUGCAAUGCACCAUCCUGGAUUUCACUACAGCCCCGAUAGUGACAAGAAGGAUUCCCCACAGACCAAAGAAGGACCCACUCCUCGUAGAGGCCGCAGAAAAGAACCGCUCUCAAAAUUACUAAAGAAUGCCAAGCAGAAUGCAGCCAACAGCGAUGGAGAAAAGCGGACAAGUCUAGGUGCAACCCUACUCUCUCCGGUGUCCCAGCUGGCUCUGGGCACAAUAGGCCGAAGCCGCAGUCUCAUCAACCAAUCACAGGAGUCUUUGGACCCCAGUGACCACUACGACCACAGCGAUAGAGAGGAAGGGGAGGAGCCACACCAACAAGAUGCUGACGAUGAGGACGAUAGUGGCCUAACUGGUGGAAAGAGGUUGCGAGUCCCAGGCAAAAGCAGUCGGAAGAGACUGAACCCUCAAGCAUCUGUGGACAGUAUAGAACAGUGGAAAACCUUCAACAUGAGUCCUUCAGAUCUUCAGAGAGCCAGAGAAUCCUUUGUAAGGGACGGUAGUCGCCAUCCGCCACUCCGCAGGACAUCUCGUGUGACAGAAGAACCUCCGGAGUCCCCGAUCCCAUCUGUAGUUGUGACAGACAGUGAUCAUUCUGUCCGAAACAUCUGGGCAGAUCAUCGUGCUCGCAGGGCCAUGUUCCCUACCAGACAGCGAACCACGCAGCCCGAUGAUGACGAUGAGGACAUCUAUCAGAUGUUUGUCCCCACAGAGCCAAGUGGGCCAGAACCGGAGCCGCUCUCUGAAAAUUCAGAAGCCCCGUCGUCUCCAAGGACGGGCCGGCCUUGCAGCUGGCAUGUGGAGCAGCUCCCCUCUGUCCAGGUUGAACCACCAUCCAGUGACAGCAGGGUUCUACGAAGGGCGAGCAGCGUAGGCGAGAAUGCCACAGAGGCUCACAAAAAGACGGACGAUGUCCAGGCUUGUGGCAACCUGGAAGUGAUAAAUACAGAGUCCUCCAGCAAUGAAAUAUCAGGAUCCUCAUCUGCCGAGCAUCUGACGAUGGACGAUAUUGAAAAUGUAUACGACAACAUCAGCUAUGAAGACCUCAAGAGAAUGGGCUUGAUCAGAAGGGAUUCUGAGGAAUGCCAUCCAUGGAAAGAACCUUAUUCAAAUGCACAGGGUUCCCACAGCCAAGCAGCUAAGACAUCAAGUAUUCCAGAUGACUCUAACGUCUCAGAGUCUAUCAUUAAACUAGACAGUGCCUCCACUGUAAACAACCAGUCUUCCACUCAGAAAGGAAGACCAGUGGAGACUCCUGAGCUCAAGAAAGUAGAGGAGAACAUCUACGACACCAUUUGUUUUAGGGAUCCUCCAUCUACAGAUGUACAGCGAACAAAUGCAGAUAAUAAAUCGAAUCCCAAAAGAGAAAUUUUAAUGGCUUCUGAGCAAGACCUUACUGGAAGUUUUAGAGAAUUUGUAUCACAGGAGAGCCUUCACUUUGGCGAUUCCCCCCAUCCCAUCCUAUGUUCCUCAGAGCCAGAGUACUCCUCUUCAUCUGCUUCAUUGGCCUCCCAACAAUCACAGAAAGGUGAUAAAAUGUCAGAGCACGUUGAUGAGCUCUGGAAUGACUUGGAGAACUACAUAAAGAAAAAUGAAAAGAAAGCUGACCGACUGCCAGCAGCCUUCCCAGUAAGUGCCAGUGAAUCAACCAAGCAGACAGCCUCAGUCAAAGGUAGUCCCACAAAAAAGCCUCCUGUGGCAAGUCAUCCCACGAAGAGUACCUCUACACACCUGCCUAAACACCCUCUUGUGCAUUCGUCACAAUCCUUAAGCAUCCCAUACAUCAACCUCCCUGACCUUCAAAGUGACGAAACCAUCGAAGACGAAAGUCAUAAUCCUGUUACUGUAUCCCAACCAGCUAUGCCAGAACCCGCGCUUGGCACAGUGAAGAGCAUGCGUAACAGACUGGCCCGCCUCAGCAGUGGUAGCUUCCGACUAGAGGACGACGACCUUGUGGAACUUCCUCCAAAACUCCCUCCACAAAGAGAGAGUGCCAUCAAGGAUAUCCAUAAUUUGUUCCCUGGACAAUUGGCAGGUAUGGACUCACCAAUUGCCUCUUCCUCUCUCCUGCUGGGAGAGUCAGUAGACUUUCCUCUGGAACUUAUGGACAAAACAAAGAGUCGUGUCUUUUUGAUGGCACGGCAAUACAGCCAGAAGAUAAAGAAAGCCAACCAGCUGCUGCGUAUGAGAAGCAUGGAUCCUGGAGACUCUUGUAAUCGUGCAAGGACUGACAGAAGGCAGAAAGAUCUGGCUGCCAUCUUGGAGGAAAAAAAGCAGGGUGGAGCUGCUAUAGGUGCUAGGAUAGCCGAGUAUUCCCAGCUUUAUGACCACGUCGUGUUCAAGGAUUCUUCUGGGUCCAUACACCACUCUCAUCCAGGUCUUCCCUCUUCUCCGUCCUUGCCUGAAACCUCCCUGGAGGAGGAAUGGCUCCAUUCCACCUAUAGCAAUGGCGAACUCUCCAACUUCAUUUCCUCGGCCGGCGACUUGCGCGAUGCGCGGACGUCUUCUACACCUCAGCGCAGACUUACGUCUUCCUGCUCCAUCCCAUCUCUCAAGACCCCCAAGGCCUCACCAAGUAGUCCCCCAUCCCAGAGAUGGAGCUCCUGCAUAUCUGCUCCUAGCGAGAAAGAGGAGCAUGUCUACAGUACCAUCAAGAGACAUCCUUCCUUAAACGCACAGUCCUCCCCAUCUAGGAACUGUCAGUCGGCCAGCUCUCUGAAUUGCCAGCAGCCAGACAAAAACAACCUGUCAGCACUAAAAAGUGAUGGAUCUACUGUGAAUGGUUCCAAAGAAAGACUCCACGGUCCCAGUUUGGCCAGUGUCGGCCGGCAGAGUAGCCUUCCAGAGCGGUCUACCCAAGGAGAGUCGGAUCUCACCUUACACGACGGCCAGCAAGUGGUUGUCCUGAACAGAGCAUCAGCCCUGAGCUUCCUCGCCGCCACCCAGAACUACUUUGCCAACUUUAAGGACAACGGCGAGGAUGACGACGACUACGUGGAGAUCCGCUCGGAAGACGAAGCGGAACCACAGCGGGGAAGGGCAGCCCAAACAAAUUGCAGCUCAGUGGCCGGUUUUAACUACCAAAACCGAGGUCUCAUCCAUACGAGGAGUUUACCCUGCACGCCUGUGCACUCUAACAACACACUGAGAUCCCUGGAACACGAGCAUCUGGAGAAGUACCUAUGGAGUGAACCACAGCAAAAUCAGCCAAACAUCGUCCAAUCUCUAAGGGAAAAAUUCCAGUGUCUGAGCUCUAGUAGUUUUGCCUAA